CGGGGCACGGGGGUGUCCGGAUGAAAGCCUGGGAGACCGAAGAGGCUUUGGGCUCUGCUGGUCCUCACUGCCCAUUUUGCAGCUGUUUCUCCUCAGGGCUGCCUCCCUUCCCAAAAGCCGAGCAUGGAGGAGGCGCAGAGGCCUUCUGGGCGCCUGCUGCCCAGGAUCCAGUCGACAUCCUCUUUUCAGGAAUCGGUGACGUUCAAGGACGUGGCUGUGAACUUCACCCAGGAGGAGUGGCGGGAGCUGGACGCUUCCCAGCGGGACCUCUACUGGGACGUCAUGCUGGAGAACUAUGAGAACCUCGUCUUCCUUGCAGGGCUACCAGUCUCCAAACCGGAUGUGCUCUCUCAUUUGGAGAGGGGAGGGGCCCCAUGGAUGCUGGAGGGAGAAUUCCCAGGAGACCUCUUCCCGGAUUCACUUAGUUUGGAGAUUAGGUGUGAAACCAAGGACUCAACAGCAAAUCAGGGUGAUUGUACUGGGGUAUCCUCUAAGAAGAAAUUCACAAAGGAUGGUCCUUGGGAUUUCAAGAUAGAAGAAGCUUGGGGAUUUGAUGUCAGGUUAGAGAAACAGAAAGACGUGGAGGAGAAACAAUCCAGACAAGUAACAGUUUCUGACAGAGAAUCUUCUAAGGUGAAUGCUCAUGAAUGUAAAAUAUUUGGGGAAAAUUUCAGUCUGGGCUCAUUCUUUGUACCACAAGAAGUACUUCCUACAGAAAUUAAUCAAGGUAAGCUCUUCACUCAGUUUUCAGACCUAAGGAAUCAUAAUGUAACAUCCUUAGGGAAGAACUUUUCUAAGCACAAUAAAUGCAGGAAGCCCUUCAGUUACCAUUCAGAUCUUAUUGAAUUUUAUACAGUACACCCUGGGGACAAACUGUAUGUAUGUAAAGAAUGUGGGAAAACCUUCAACCACAGAGGAAACCUUAAUAAACAUCAGAUAGUUCAUACUGGAGAGAAACCUUUUGAGUGUAUCGAAUGUGGGGAUACCUUUAGCCACAGGAGAAACCUGAAUGCACACCAGAGAAUUCAUACUGGAGAGAAACCACAUGAAUGUAACGAAUGUGGGAAAGCCUUCACCCAAAGAUCACAUCUUACUCAACAUCAGAGAAAGCAUAAUGGAAAGAAACCCUAUAAAUGCAAUGAAUGUGGAAAAGCCUUCAACCACAAGGGGAACCUUAAUAGACAUCAGAGCAUUCAUACUGGAGAGAAACCCUUUGAAUGUAAUGACUGUGGGAAAGCCUUCACCCAGAGAAGAGAUCUGAAUGCACAUCAAAGAAUCCAUACUGGAGAGAAACCCUUUCAGUGCACUGAAUGUGGGAAAGCCUUCAACCUCCGGGGGAGCCUUAAUCAGCACCAGAGAAUCCAUACAGGAGAGAAACCCUUUGAAUGUAGUGAAUGUGGGAAAGCCUUCAGACAGAGAGGAUAUCUUAUUUAUCAUAAGAGAAUUCAUACUGGAGAGAAACCAUUUAAAUGCAGUGAAUGUGGGAAAGCCUUCAGACAGAGGGGGAACCUUAGUGAACACAAGAGAAUACAUACAGGAGAAAAGCCCUUUGAAUGUAAUCUUUGUGGGAAAGCCUUCCGGAAUGCCUUAUGCCUUACUCAGCAUCACAGAAGUCAUACUGGAGAGAAACCCUUUGCAUGCAAUGAAUGUGGGAAAGCCUUCAACCAUAGAAGAAACCUUAAUAGGCACCAAAGCAUUCAUACUGGAGAGAAAACUUUUGAGUGCAACGAAUGUGGGAAAGCUUUCAGCCAGAGAGGAGACCUCAAUGCCCAUCAGAGAAUUCAUACUGGAGUGAAACCCUUUGCAUGUAAUGAAUGUGGAAAAACCUUCAACCAUAGGGGAAAUCUCAAUGUACACCAGAGAAUUCACACUGGAGAAAAGCCCUUCGAAUGUAAUGAAUGUGGGAAAGCCUUCAGCCGGAAAAGUCAUCUUGCUGCACAUCAGAGAAUCCACACUGGAGAGAAACCUUAUGAAUGUAAUCAGUGUGGAAAGGCUUUCACAUGGAAAGCCAGUCUUGCUGCACAUCAGAGAAUCCACACUGGAGAGAAAACUUAUGUAUGUAAUCAGUGUGGAAAGGCUUUCACAAGGAGCUCCAGUCUUGCUGCCCAUCAGAGAAUCCACACUGGAGAGAAACCUUAUGCAUGUAAUCAGUGUGGAAAGACUUUCACACAAAGCUCCCAUCUUGCAGCACAUCAGAGAAUCCACACUGGAGAGAAAACUUAUGUGUGUAAUCAGUGUGGAAAGGCUUUCACACAGAGUUCCAGUCUUUCUGCACAUCAGAGAAUCCACACUGGAGAGAAACCUUAUGCAUGUAAUCAGUGUGGAAAGACUUUCACAGACAGUUCCAAUCUUGCUGCACAUCAGAGGAUCCAUACUGGAGAGAAUCCUUAUGAAUGUAAUCAGUGGGGAAAGUCUUUCACAGAGAGUUCUAGUCUUGCUGCACAUCAGAGAAUCCACACUGGAGAGAAACCUUAUGAAUGUAAUCAGUGUGGAAAGACUUUCACAGUGGGUUCCAAUCUUGCUAAGCAUAGGAGAAUCCACACUGGAGAGAAUCCUUAUGGAUGUAAUCAGUGUGGAAAGGUUUUAACAUCGAGUUCUAAUCUUGCUGCACAUCAGAGAAUCCACACUGGAGAGAAAACUUAUGAAUGUAAUCAGUGUGGAAAGGCUUUCACACACAGCUCUAGUCUUGCUGCACAUCAGAGAAUCCACACUGGAGAGAAACCUUAUGAAUGUAAUCAGUGUGGAAAGACCUUCACACAGUAUUCCAAUCUUGCUGCACAUCAGAGAAUCCAUACUGGAGAAAAACCUUAUGGAUGUAAUCAGUGUGGAAAGACUUUCACAGUGAGUUCCAAUCUUGCUAAGCAUAGGAGAAUCCACACUGGAGAGAAUCCUUAUGAAUGUAAUCAGUGUGGAAAGGCUUUCACAUCAAGUUCUAAUCUUGCUGCACAUCAGAGUAUCCACACUGGAGCAAAGCCUUAUGCAUGUAAUCAGUGUGGAAAAGCUUUUAGAUUGAGCUCCAGUCUUGCUGCACAUCAGAGAAUCCACACUGGAGCAAAGCCUUAUGAAUGCAAUCAGUGUGGAAAAGCUUUCACAUGGGGCUCUAAUCUUGCAGCACAUCAGAGAAUCCACACUGGAGAGAAACCUUAUGGAUGUAAUCAGUGUGGAAAGGCUUUCACUGUGAGCUCCAGUCUUGCUGCACAUCAGAGAAUCCACACUGGAGAAAAACCUUAUGAAUUUAAUCAGUGUGAAGAAGUUCAGAUGCAGCUCUAGACUUGCUGCACAUCAGGGAAU